AUGUCCUGGUGUUCUCCGGGAGCUUUGUGGCGCUACGAACUGAACAAGCGCAAGCUCUGCGCUCUUACCAUUGACGACGUGCCGCUGCUGGACAAACCGUCGUCACUGGAGGAGAUACUAGAUGUGCUGAAGGAGAACAAGGUCAAAGCUACUUUGUUCGUCAUGUCGGGCUUCGAUCUCCCACCGGAGAAAGGGGGUCCUCCAAAGGAACUGCGGAAGCGCUACCGCGACCUGCUCGAUCGGGCGGUAAAGGAGGGCCAUGAGCUGGCGAACCAUCUCCAGUUCGAUCGUCCUGCCAUCGCCAUGGAGCAGAACGACUUCGACGAAGCCUUCAAUCAUUGUAACGAUUUGCUGGCCCAGCUCUCCGGUCAAGCAGAUUGGAGCAAGCGGCCGAACCGCUGGUUCCGCCCCGCGUCGGCGCUCUUCAACCAGCACAUGCUCAAACUGGCCCGGGAAAAGAAGUACACGACCGUCAUCGCGAGUUGUUACCCGCAUGAUGUCGCUGCCAUCACGCGCUUCGUCAACAGCUGGUACCUGAGGUGGCGCGCAAGACCGGGUGCCAUUAUCGUGGUGCACGACCGAUGGCACACCGCCGCAACCUUGAAAAAGGCGAUCCCAGAGAUACUGAAAUCAGGCAUGACGCUCGGGACGUUGAGUGAGCUUCGAGCGGCCUACGAACAGGAGGCCCCAAGCAAGUCCAAAGCCUCUUGA